GCCAGGAGGGCAGGGCAGUGACUCAGGAUCAGGCGGCUUCACAUUACAGGGCUGGGCCAGCAGCACAGGGGAGGUCCUGCCAGCGGGGAUCAGCACAGACACACAGUGUACUCUGCACUCUACCCACCAGGACCACAGCCGACUACACGCUGCACCAGGACCCCAGAACUCCCAGCUAUCAUGGUUCCUUCUGAGCUGGAGCAGGCGAUGGAGACCCUGAUGUUCACAUUCCAUAAAUACGCUGGGGACAAGAGCUACAUGACCAAGGAGGAUCUCCAUAAACUCAUGGACAAGGAGUUCCCCGAGUUUCUGAAGAACCAGAAUGACCCCCUGGCCGUGGAUAAGAUUAUGAAGGAUCUGGAUCAGUGUCGGGACGGACGUGUCAGCUUUCAUAGCUUCUUCUCCCUUAUUGCCGGUCUAACCAUUGCCUGUAAUGACUACUACUGUAAAAACAUGAAGGGCAGGAAGUAAAGCAGAUCCCCCCGGACCCCAAAGCCUUGUUAUCCGCCUAUCAUACCAAAGUACUCGAAAGGGUUGAGACCCCGUCUGUCCAUUCAGCUCAAUCUGUACCAAAGCCGUAAUAAAUACCCCAGUGUUUUUGUA